AUAUAUAUAUGGCCUUCUUGAGGAGGCAUUUUAGGGGUUACUUUAGUUCAGUUUCUUGCUAUCAGGCUGCAUGGAAGCUUUGAGCAGCACAUCACGCGUACAGAGGACUGCGGGGAAUGAGGUUGACAGCGGGCAGCGAGGCUUAUAAAUAAAGCGCCCACAGCUGUGCGAAGACUAGUGGGUAAAGGCUUCGCUUUUUAAUCUAGUAAAGAGUAGUCGCGACACGAGACAAGCCCAUUCCGGUAUCUACGUCCGUAUAUUAGUCACUGUGUUUAACAGCAGAAAGCAGAGAAAAACUGGUCGGGGGAGGUGGACGGGUUCGGGCCCCGGCUGGAGAAGAAGCUGUUGUUACGUAGCAGUCCAACCACACAUUCUUAUAUACGCACACAAAUACACACAUCGGCUACUGCUGCUCUUGCCAGGAGCUCAAUGAGGGGGAAUGACCGCAAGUGACCUCAAAGGACACGCUAUGCUUGAGCGAGUGUUCUCGUUUUUAAACUCCGACGGCAUUGUUGUAAAAAAAUGAAGACAAACAUUUAAUUUGGUGUUUCAGCGUAAGUACGACAUUCGCUGCUCACGCCGAGGUCUCACAAGCCUGCCGGGGCUAGUGUUAGCCAGCUAAGCUAGCUGAAACCUAUACCCUCUGUUUGCUGCAGGUGCUAGGCUAGACUAGCGCUGCGAUGGAUAAAGCUAAGUCAUUAGUGGACAACAAGGGAGCUUCGGGACCUCUUCAUGUCAAUAACGUACAGAGUCCGAGGGGGUUGAACGGCCUCGUCGUGGUAGCUGCUAACGGCAGCUGCUCCGGCAGCAAUGCAUUCGGCUUGAGCACGGGACCCAGCAGCAGCACGCCUGAAAUGCAUCACCUGCAGCGGGGGGAGGAGGAGUGCAACGGGUCCCCGGCAAAGAGAUGCCGGCUGCGGAGGAGGACGGAGUCGGUGAAACGGAAUAGACCCCCCUUCCCCUGGUUUGGUAUGGACAUUGGUGGGACCUUGGUAAAGCUAGUGUACUUUGAGCCAGUCGACAUCACUGCAGAAGAAGAACAAGAAGAAGUUGAAAACCUCAAAUCUAUCCGCCGCUACCUCACCUCAAACGUGGCAUAUGGUAAAACGGGUGUCCGUGAUGUCCACUUGGAGCUGAGGAACCUGACCAUGUGUGGGCGGACAGGAAACGUGCACUUUAUCCGCUUCCCUACCCAGGCCAUGCCCCGGUUCAUUCAGAUGGGAAGAGACAAGAACUUCUCCAGCCUGCACACAACGCUGUGCGCCACGGGAGGCGGGGCGUACAAGUUCGAAAACGACUUCAGAACAAUGGCCGACCUGGAGCUGCUGAAGCUGGAUGAGCUGGACUGUCUCAUCCGUGGCCUGCUGUUUAUUGACCGAGUGGGUUUUAAUGGACACCCAGAGUGCUACUACUUCCAGAACCCAUCAGAUCCCCACACCUGUGUGAAGAAGCCCUGCAACCUUGACAACCCAUUCCCAAUGCUGCUGGUCAACAUCGGCUCUGGGGUCUCCAUACUGGCUGUCUACUCAGAGAACGACUACAAACGGGUAACUGGGACAAGUCUGGGAGGUGGAACAUUCCUCGGCCUUUGCUGUCUUCUGACGGGCUGCGAGACAUUCGAAGAGGCGUUAGAAAUGGCCAGCAAGGGCGACUCCACAAAUGUGGACAAACUGGUGAAAGACAUCUAUGGGGGAGACUACGAACGCUUUGGCCUUCAGGGCUCUGCCGUGGCCUCCAGUUUUGGUCACAUGAUGUGCAAAGAGAAGCGGGACAGCAUCAGUAAGGAAGACCUGGCCAGAGCCACACUAAUAACCAUCACUAAUAACAUAGGAUCUAUAGCGCGCAUGUGUGCUCUCAACGAGAAAAUCGAGCGGGUGGUGUUUGUUGGAAACUUCCUUCGGAUCAACACGUUGUCCACAAAGCUGCUAGCCUAUGCCAUGGACUUCUGGUCCAAAGGACAGCUAAGAGCCCUCUUUCUGGAGCACGAGGGUUACUUUGGAGCUGUCGGAGCGCUGAUGGAGCUGCUGAAGACAUCAGAGGACCUGUGAAGGAAGCCUUGCCAUUUCUGGAAAAUCGAUGCCGGCCUCUCUCAUUAACACUGCGAUGUCCUCGGCUACAUGCUGUGAUGUCAUUGGAGACCUCUAAAAGAACACUAAGAGAGACUCAGAUACUGAGAAAAGCCAUUUUAAUAAUUUAACUCUUGUAAAUAAUGAUAGCCUCUAACAAUUGUUCCCAGAGUUCCCUCUAUCAUAGAGUUCUAUUAUGUGAUCUUUUAAUUUAUGGUUUCCUGUUGGUUCCUGCGAUCAGGACCCACAGAGACAGAGUAUUUUAGUAAACCAGGGUUUUAUUGGGAGGGGUGGGGGGUUGUGUUUGUGUGUAUAGCUUACUGUAGCAUUACAACCUGCCUGGGUGACUAUUUUUGCAGCUUCUGAUCAGAAGAGGAUGUCUGCACACAAAAGAAGUCACUCUUCACCAAGCAACCUUUUUUUUUUUUCUUUUUAACCUCAUGUGGCUCAAGGACGUUGGUUUGCUUACCUGUUUGUUGCUCAGAGAGUCGCCCACCGUGCUACUGUCUUCGAAGGAGUGCACUGAAGCCAAACCCUGUUGAGAUUCAUCUGAAACCUUCUUGUCAAAUGGAAAGCAGAUAAGCCGGUUUUACGUUUGUUUUGCUCUACUUCACAUGGCCUUUGCUUUUUGCUCCAUCUUUGCUCCACCUCCCUACUAGUAUGCAACGCUAACUCUGUCGUAUUGCCAAGCACACAUACCCAGCCUCGUGAGUUCUGUCCUGGGUGAACGGUCCAAAGCGUUGUUUUACCA